CCAUCAAGGGUGUCUCCUUGCUGGUGGAGAGAAGAGGGCGGGAGGUAGUUCAGAGACAAGUUGAUUUGGUGUUGCAUUUACCGUGGACUUUACAACCUUACAUCAGCUGGGUUACACAAGUAGCCGCGGCUGUUGGGAUUCAUUGCAAGAACUUUCACGUUGUAACCUUUGAGCAGUUUCUCCGUUAUCAUGGGAACAGCAACAUCCAAGGAUGAAUCCUCCCCUACCAAGAGCGUGGAGUCUUCGGUCCCCUUCGGGUUGAUGGACGUCUUCCUGGUGUCCGUCAUCAUUGGCCUCUUGACGUACUGGUUCUUCUUCCGCAAGAAGAAAGAGGAAGUCCCGGACUUUCAAAAAAUCCAGACACCAGCGCCCACUCAGUCGACAAAUGAAGGGAGUUUCAUCGAAAAGAUGAAGAAGACGGGAAGAAACAUCGUGGUGUUCUAUGGAUCCCAGACUGGGACAGGGGAAGAGUUCUCCAACCGCCUUGCCAAAGACGCUCAUCGCUACGGCAUGCGGGGCAUGUCUGCCGACCCAGAAGAGUACGACCUGUCUGACCUGAGUCGUCUCUCUGAGAUUGAUAAGUCCCUGGCGGUCUUCUGCAUGGCCACCUACGGAGAAGGGGACCCCACGGACAACGCCCAGGACUUCUAUGACUGGCUCCAGGAAACAGACACCAGACUCUCCGGCCUCAAAUAUGCGGUGUUUGGGCUGGGAAACAAGACGUACGAGCAUUUCAACGCCAUGGGGAAGUACGUGGACAAGCGUCUGGAGGAACUGGGAGCCCAGCGGAUCUUCGAACUCGGCCUGGGAGACGAUGACGGAAACCUGGAAGAAGAUUUCAUCACGUGGCGUGAGCAGUUCUGGCCGGCCGUGUGCGAACACUUUGGCGUGGAAGCCACUGGAGAUGAAACCAGCAUACGCCAGUACGAACUGGUUGUCCACAAGGACAUCAACGCAAGCAAGGUUUACACCGGUGAAAUGGGCCGUCUCAAGAGCUACGAGAACCAGAAACCACCGUUUGAUGCCAAAAACCCGUUCUUGGCUCCGGUGGCAGUGAAUCGGAAGCUGAACCAGGGUGGAGAGCGGUACCUGAUGCACCUCGAACUGGACAUCACCGGGUCCAAAAUCAGGUACGAAUCCGGAGACCACGUUGCCGUGUACCCAGCUAACGACACUUCGUUGGUGAACCAGCUUGGAGAAAUCCUUGGCGCUAAUUUGGACACAGUCAUUUCCCUAAAUAACCUAGAUGAGGAGUCCAACAAGAAGCACCCGUUCCCUUGCCCGACCUCGUACCGCACGGCCCUGACGUAUUACUUGGACAUCACCAAUCCGCCGCGCACCAACGUCCUCUACGAACUGGCGCAGUAUGCCACGGACCCCAGCGAGCAGGAGAAGUUGCGUAAGAUGGCUUCCUCUCACGCCGAAGGCAAGUCGCUGUACCUCAGCUGGGUUGUCGAGUCCCGAAGGAAUAUCUUGGCCAUCCUGCAGGACACCCCGUCUUUGCGGCCCCCGAUUGACCAUCUCUGUGAACUGUUGCCCCGUCUGCAGGCUCGAUAUUAUUCCAUUGCGUCUACGUCCAAGGUGCAACCCAACUCCGUCCACAUCUGCGCCGUCGUGGUGGAGUAUGAGACCAAAACGGGCCGCGUCAACAAGGGCGUGGCGACCAACUGGAUGAAGAACAAGCAGCCGAACGAGAACGGGAACAAGUCCCCAGUGCCCAUGUACGUUCGCAAGUCCCAGUUCCGGCUGCCCUUCAAAUCCAACACGCCCAUCCUCAUGGUCGGACCCGGCACAGGCAUCGCCCCCUUCAUGGGCUUCAUCCAGGAGCGGGGCUGGCUCAAGCAGCAAGGCAAGGAGGUGGGCGACACGGUGCUGUACUAUGGCUGCCGUCAUGAGAAGGAAGACUACCUUUACAGGGACGAGCUGGCCAAGUUCCUCAAGGAAGGGGCCCUGACGCAGCUCAACGUGGCUUUCUCCCGGGACCAGCCUGAGAAGAUCUACGUUCAGCACCUGCUGAAGAAAAACAAGGAAAAUGUUUGGAAGCUGAUUCACGAAGGAAACGGCCACAUCUACGUGUGCGGUGACGCCCGCAACAUGGCCCGGGACGUACAGAACGCUUUCUACGAGAUCGUGGCCGAAUACGGCAAGAUGAGCCAGCCACAGGCGGUGGACUACGUGAAGAAACUAAUGACCAAGGGGCGAUACUCCUUGGAUGUCUGGAGUUAGGGGGUGGGUCUGCUUUCUGUGUCGAGGAGGGGUGUCCUGGGUGCUGUGGGGGGGGGAGGCUGCGUGCUUGCGGGUGUGCCCACACCUCCGCUUCCCCUAGCCCCUUAGACUGUGCCACAGGGGGAAUCCGACGGGCUAUGGCUUUCGUGGGGAGGUUAGGCUUUUUUGAGCAUUGGAGAACUUCGGCGUGUCCGUCUGUCUCUGUCUUAACUGGCAGCUGCUGCCGAGGGAACCCCGGCUGGAUGCGGGCUUCCUGUACAUCAAACACUUUCGAAAACACACCCACACCCACACCCACCCGCCACCUUUGUUCCGGCUUCCCGGUGUCUCUGCUGUAGCGGGAGCUGUGAAAGUCAGCCUGAAAGACCCUCUUUCUCUCUCUCUCUCUCUCUCUGCCUGUUAAACAUGCCUGGGGCUUUCCCAGGGGGACUUUUGCCACAGCCACGGCGAUGGCGUUGCUUUGCAUUUUGGGGAAGCGACUGGUGACCUGUGCUGCUGGCAUCCCGGCGGGGGGACGGGGCGGGUGAAGGGAAACAGCUGAUGGAGGGCCGUCCCAGGGAGGCAGAAGGCUUUGUUGAGUGCGGGGUGGGUGGGUGGAUCAGAAGCACCCAGGGAGAUCAAACCCUCGCCCUUCUCCAGGCUCGUGGGCACCUGCAGGUGGGGGGCGGUAGAUUAGGGCGACGCACCUGAACCCGGCCUGGAGGAGACCGUAUCUCUCAGACGCCCCCUCUCCUUUCCUCUUUCCUUCCAUGGGCCUCCACCCUUCUGUUCCUUAGCGGGUGAGAUGGGGGCGCAGCGCCCGGCGUGGGAACACCCGGGGCGGUGCCUGACUGGCAUUUUCCAAUUUCGGCACCCUCCCCAGCACGGCUCUUGGCGGCCUGGCCGUGUGGGAGUCGGCCAAGCGGAGCAUCCGCUGAAUGUACAUAUUUUACGGAACUUGCUCUUGGAAUAAAGGAACCCGAUUCUUUU